AUGUCAACUGAAUCUUGUUCAACUUCCGAUUGUAGCACCACCGCAAGUUUUUCCGACGAGGAGCUCCUCUUAGCUUCAAGAAACCCCAAGAAGCGAGCCGGGAGGAAGAAGUUCAAGGAGACACGCCACCCUAUUUACCGGGGUGUGCGGCGGAGGAAUUCCGGCAAGUGGGUGUGUGAGAUCAGAGAGCCGAAUAAGAAAACGAGGGUGUGGCUGGGGACGUAUCCCACAGCUGACAUGGCAGCCAGAGCUCAUGAUGUGGCGGCUUUGGCUAUGAAGGGGCGAUCAGCGUGUUUGAAUUUUGCUGACUCGUUGUGGCGGCUGCCGGUCCCGGAAUCUAGUAAUGUGAAGGACAUUCAGAAAGCGGCAGUGGAGGCCGCUGAGGCUUUCCGGCCGGCGGAUGAGGUGGAAGAGAACAAGGAGUUGGCGGCGGUAAAUGGGUUGUAUAUGGAUGAGGAAGCGAUUUUUGGGAUGCCGGGGUUUCUUGCCAACAUGGCGGAAGGACUGAUGCUACCACCACCUGUGACCGUUGGAUACGACAACUGUGAGGAUGACGUGGAAUUUAGUUUUGACGCGUCAUUGUGGAGUUUCUAG